UGUUUUUGUUCCACAUUUCACGUUUUUCUACUUAGCGAGUUAAUGCCAAUGGGUGCGGUCUGCCAGGCAAUGUUAGCGACGUUAGCAUGUGUGUAGCUGUAAAAUACAGUCAGGGCUUCAGACGUAAAGAAUUCAUACAUAUGUGUACAUGGACAUUAAUGGCGUAGUCCAUAAAACCGACAGUUGCAAAGUUAAGCAAAGCCUAAUAUGGAUGAAGUGAACUUCGUCUUUGUUGCCGUUGGGAGAUGUGUGGACGCCUGCUGCCUGCUGCUCGACCUGACCAUCAGGACGUUCAGCUGGCUGCUUCGCUUCCUCUCUGGUGUGGGCGCUUCCGUCCACAACACGCUGGUUGUCCUGAGCGGAUCCACUUUGGUUGAAUACUGGAACUUUGCUCUUUUCUCCUUUCUCACUGUCAGCGAGGCCGUCUCCAGUGCUACCUAUGGAGCUCUGCACGUUGUUGAGGGCUGGCUGCAGAUGCUGGCAGGAGUGUUUGAGAGUUUCAAGAUGGUGGGACACCUCUCCUGUCAUGUGGCGUGGCGCAUCAAGGAUGUGCUUCACCGCGGGCUUAUUUCAGGGAGUUGUAUCCUGCGUCAGACAUGCGAAGGCCUCUGCAUCGCGCUCAGCCUCAUCCUCUACUUCGUCAACACAGUGGUCAACAUCGUCCUGAUCAGCACGCAGAACUGCGUGUCUGUGUUGGCAGGCGUCUGGGAGAUGGUGGCGGACCCUGUGCACAAAGUGAUGGAGCUGGCUCUGACUCUGCUGACUUUUCUGUACAGCUGUCUGGUUGGUGCCUCUGUGUUGCUGUGGACGCCUUGCCAGCUGCUGCUGGACUUCCUGGGAGCACUGGGUCGUGUCUUCUUCACUGUUUUCAUGGUGGACUCAUACGGCUUGCUCAUCUCAGCAGCUAUUAUCUCACUGGCUUUGUUGUUACUGAACCACAGGCUUCCCGUCCUCGCCGGACGCCUGAUCCUUCAUUUUGUCAACUCUCUGCCGGGAGUUCGUGGCUUACAGACUUUACUGGAGCAACCUCUGGUCAAUCAGGAGGCCCACGUCAGGACAGGACAGGAAGUGAGUACAACAAGGCUCCCGCACACAGAAGCUUUAAACACUGAGACUGACCUGCCGUCAGCAAAUGAGCCGACCCAGCCAGACACUCGGCAGCUCCAGGCUCAGCAGGACGGCGAGUCAGCGAGCAGCAGCAGGACUAGUACGGCCCGGCCAAACUCCACUCCGGCGGACAGCUGCACCCCACCGACUGACGUCGAGCUGCUCAGCCUGCUGAAGGAGCAGGAGGAGAGGAAGAAGUGCGUCAUCUGUCAGGACCUGAGCAAGACCGUGCUGCUGCUGCCCUGCCGUCACCUCUGCCUCUGCCGGCACUGCGCCGACAUCCUGACCCAACACCGACACGUCCAGCAGCGCUGCUGUCCGCUCUGCAGGCAGCCCAUCACACAGACCAUGGACGUCUUCCUCUGACGGGUGAUGGACCAGUGACAUCAACUGCGAACCGCAGCACACAGCAGAAGAAGUCUGUUGGCAUGAUUGACGCUUCUCUGUAAAAGUAAUUCUUACGCAUAGAUCUGAGUGCUGAACUUAAUAUUAUUUAAGCUGAACUGUGUCUUUAGAAUUGAGUAUUGCAAAGUGCCAACUACUGAUGUUUAUUUAUUAUUUAUUCUUUGUUCCAAUGUUUUGUAAUUGAAACAGGACACUUUUCUAACUUUAUUGAACAGUAUUUGUGCACCCAGGUGUUUAAACUUAAAACUUGAAAGUCUAAAUAAAUUUUUCUUAUUUAUGUUAGCCAUCAACUUUGAAAUGCCAAAACAAGAGAGAAGCCCUUAAAACUCUUGGUAUGUGAGAAGUGUGAAUGGUUAUUUCAUAACCACUGAACUGAGCGGCAGCUGAUUAUUAACACUGGAUUAAUUCGCCUGAGGAUAUGGGCCAAAGACUUACCUAUUGCCACAAUUGUUUUUCUUCUUAUGUAAGUUUAUGUAUGUGUAAUAUUUUGAACAUUUAUUUAAAACAAUAUGAAGUUGCCAAAUAUGUUACAUACUUAAUUUUGGCUUUGGAUGUUAAGCAUUAUUUGUUUCUUUACUUGGUGCAGAAGUCCAUGUGACAGCUUUGGUUUAAAGCUUUAUUCCUUUAUUUUGUUCUAUUUUGAGUUUUCAGAUUUUUGAACCAUGACUUCUUCAUAUUGGUCACAAUGCAAACUGAAAGAGACUGCCAUGAAAUUGUGUCUUAAUAUUCACUCAGUAAUUUCCAAUAAACAUGCUGCCAUGCUUUU